AUGCAACAAAUUCGUGAGCGUAUCAUGGGUCAAAUCUCAGAUACCAUAAAGAGUUUUCUUCAAUCGGUUGAUUCAUCGCCAAUUCGAAUACUUGGUGAUGUUCCCAACAGUAUUCUCGAUUCCAGAGAUUAUUUGGGGUCUAUACGUCCAUUUGUGUCAAAGGUCGAGGGUUCCCUUCGAAAAGAUCGGCCAGACAACCAGACUUCCUUCCUCGCUGUGAACAUAUACCCCGGUCGCCACUCUUAUUUCGUGCUAGAUCUCAACAAUGUCGACUAUGUCUAUGAGACUGCUCAUAAAGACAUGACUCCAAUAUCUGUCUACGUCCUUCGCCUAUCAAAAAGAAAUCCUACAAUUUUCAGAAGGGAAGCCCUAGACAAAACACUCGCUGAGACACUUGCAGCGAUGCACAAUGGGCACGGCCAAGACACUCUACCUUUGAUUGACGAUCAUAACCGGGUUGUUCAAUACCGCAACCCGCGCAGCCUUCAGCCUUGA